CGGGAGAAAGUUUAAAAUCUGCAGGUUUGAUAAAAAUCUUCGAGUUAAAGUUUAGAAAAAGUUUCACCUGAGCGGAGUCUGGUCCAGGAGAGAAGGUGAAGAGGUCUCCCCGACAUCUGAGGCCUGUUCCUGCGUCAACCAGCCGCCUCCCUCCCCUCUUCAUUCCGGAGCUCCUGUUCUUAAGGUGAAGCCCGACUCCCCGGUGCACUUGAUCCGGGGAACAGGCAGCCACAGCCCGGGGAACCAUGCGCUCCUUAGCGGGACUCGCUGCCAUCGUGGCGGCGGCGAGCGUCUUCCUCUACCUGCUGUCCACUCAUCUUCCCCCGGGACCCGAGCAGCUCCAGGCCCGGGGAGAGGACCGAGAGAACCGGGGACAGGACCGGGGAGAGGACCGGGGACUGGACCGGGGAGAGGACCGGGGACAGGCCCGGGGACAGGACCAGGGAGAGGACCAUGGAGAGGACCGGGGACUGGACCGGGGACAGGACAAGGGUGUCCGGGAGAACAGGCUGAAGUUCCCGUCGGACCUGGACGAGCUGCGGGAGCUCGCUGACAUGCUCAAGUUCUACAAGAGAGAACAUCACGGCUACGUCCUGCUGCUGUUCUGCAGCGCCUACCUGUACAAGCAGUCCUUCGCCAUCCCCGGCUCCUCCUUUCUGAACAUGCUGGCCGGUGCGAUCUUCGGGCCGUGGGAGGGGCUAGUGCUCGCCUGCCUCCUCACCACGUUAGGCUCCACCUUCUGCUUCCUGCUCUCCGCUGCGUUUGGGAAGCAGCACGUGCUUCACUUCUUCCCCAACAAGGUGGCGCUGCUGCACAGGAAGGUGGAGGAGAAUCGUAGCAGUUUAUUCUUCUUCCUACUUUUCCUCCGUUUCUUCCCCAUGACUCCUAACUGGUUCCUCAACAUCACCUGUCCUGUCCUCAACAUCCCAAUGCCCAUUUUCUUCUUCUCUGUGCUCAUAGGUUUGAUUCCCUACAACUUCAUCUGCGUCCGAACGGGCUCCAUGCUGUCGGAGAUCUCCUCCAUGGACGACAUCUUCUCCUGGAGCACGCUGGCCCAGCUCCUCGCCAUCGCCCUGGUGGCUCUCGUCCCUGGAGCGCUGAUCAAACGCUACAGUGAAGGUCACCUCAAGGUGGACGGCGUGGACGGCGUGGACGGCGUGGACGGCAGUGGAAGCAGUCGGGAGGAAGUGAAGAAGGAGCGGAAGAGGCGAUGAUGGAGAGAACUUCACUGGGACUGUCGGUGGGGAAGAAGCUCUCCUCUGGAGGGAACGUGACAUUGUAUUCACUCCAGAAACUUGAUGUUUUCAAGGUCACCACACGAGAGACUCGAAAUAUCCUCAGGUCGAGUUACAGCAGACGUCCUCUAAAGCCUCAUUUCAGCCGGGAACUUUGGAGAAUGUCCCCUUGUCUCCUUUCACGUGAAGGACGCAGAAGGAGCUUGUCCAUCUUGGAAUCUUUGACAUCGCCUUUGUUGCUGCUACGUGCAUGGCUCCUCUCUUUUGUCUGUUUCAGUUUUGCGUGUUUCAAGUGUUAGAAGCGUAUUUUGUCCGAACAUUUUCCUGCUGUAUCCUCUAUAUCAGUGCAGGUCUGAUCCAGAGUCAGAUUUGCCCUGAGGAUCCUUUGAUUUACAUAAAACUAAAGUCUUAAGAUGUACUGUGGUUGCUUUGGAGAAGACUCAGUGGUUUGUAACGUGGGCGAAUGUGCAGCUUUAAAACGAGAAAUCUCAUUAGACCAGUUUCUUCUCUUUACACGUGUUCGGUCUUUAAACUUCACUGGAAACCUGUUGUUUUAAUAUAUAUAUAUUUUUUAAAUGUCUGUUUUUCUUAAAGCACUCACUGUUGUGUCUUAAAGUCGCUGUGACUGCAGAGGACUUCUUACAGUUGUGAUCUUUUCAUGAUCCUGAGCUGAAGGUUUGGGUUAGGAAUGCAGGUGCUGCCAUCUUGUGGUUGAGCCACAGUAUCAAGGUCAUAGCUGUCACUCAUGACUUUUAGUCUAAUUGAAACCCCAAUUUAUCCAAAACGUCAACAUUUGAACGUAUAUCAGUGUUAAGAAGAAGUAUUUAACAUGUAUUUUGAUUAUUUAGUGUCCCAAAUAUUGACAUGGAGGAGGCAGGGUUUAUGACCUUUACUGCAACCGGCCACCAGGGGGUGAUCAAGAUGCUUUGGUGUCACUUUUGGGGAGAUGUCUUUUUGUCUAUCUAGAAAUGUUCGACCAAGCCUGUUGUAUCCUCCUCAAGUCACAGAGUCGUACUACAAACUGUUUACUGAUGUUACCUGCUAGCAGUUACACAUAACCGCUACCAGAACCAGCAAAGUGCCUUGCUCAAGAGCACUCUAACAUCCCCUGUGGGAGAAGUUUACAAGUCGUAUAACACACAAUAUGUUGAGUUGUGUGUUAACCCUAUGGAAGUUGUUGUGUAUUAAGCACUUCUUUAAAAGUAGUUAAUCUGUAGAACAUCUGGAGAAGAUCCCAUCUUUUGCUUCUGUGAACUUCAGACACUUGAUUUACUGUUUGAUUUGAUAAGACAGGAGUUGUACUUUAUAUUUUUGAUUCAGUAUUUUUCAAAGAAGGGAUUCUGUAAAAAGUUGACUUAAAUUUGAGCUUUUUAUAGAAAAUAGAAGCAUAUGGAGCAAUGUAUUUAUGUUUUUUGAACAUUUUGAAAGAAGAGCAACAGUUUGUUUCAUACUUUGUUUCAUACUAGACCUUUUACACAUCUGGAUCGUCUACUGUAUAUUUCAGAGGUAUCAAUGUGAACCUUACUUCAAGAUGAUCUUUAGUAAAAUGUAAAUGUUUAAAUUAUGGAUAUCAGGGUUACAGGGUAUCGUCAUGUCGCUGAGAGCUCGGUGGUCCCAGUGUUAAAAAGUGCAAAUUACACAGUUUGUACUGUCCACUACGAUUGCUGAGAAAAAUAAAAGGUUU